UUACUAUUCAAGGUAAAAGCUAAAUAUAAUAGUAAACGAUGCGCAAUUGCGCAAAAUUAUUUUAAUAUGUAACAUGUGUGAUGGAAAUAGCUACCCACCACAAACCACAAACCUUUAGCAAAUUCCUCCACCUACUUAUAUUACCUUUUCAUUGAAAGAGACAACUCAACCCACAUUUUUGGUCAUAACAUACAAUAAUGAAAAAUAGUGAAGAGUGUGUUCCAUGUGUUCCUUUAAAUGGCUGCAAACAAACCACUCGCAAAAUGAUUUUUGAAAGUGUCUCAGUUUUUACGUCUUUCGGAGUCAUUAUUACCCUACUAAGUUUGUACGGCAUUGUUUAUGUAGUUGACAACACUCUACCUACACCCUUGAAAUUAACAGAUGAGGAAACUUAUCCGGACUCCUUCAUUGCUGAAAGAGCGCAAAAUGAUCUUAAGGCACUUACAGGAAUAGGAUCACGCGUGGUGGGUGGAUACAAAAAUGAAAACCUGACAGUAGAUUUUUUACAAAAUGAAAUUAAUUCAAUCAUACACGAAGCUCAUACUAAUCAUAAAAUUGAAAUUGAUACUCAAGUUGUAACAGGUGCUCACUACCUCGACUAUAAACCAAAUGGUAAAAUUGUUCCUUACUCGAACUUACAAAAUAUUGUAGUAAAAUUAUAUGCGGCAAACGAUACUUCAGACAGCGUUUUAAUUAACGCUCAUUUUGAUUCUGUACCCACUAGUCCUGGAGGCAGUGACGACGGUAUUAAUGUCGUUGUUAUGUUGGAGAUUUUAAGAAAAUUGUCGAAAGAGCCUCAGAGACCAUUGAAUAACGUAGUGUUUCUCUUUAAUGGAGCAGAAGAAACUUGUCUUCAAGCCUCCCACGGAUUUAUUACUCAACACAAGUGGGCUCAAGACUGCAAAGUUGUACUUAAUUUAGAAGCAGCAGGAGCUGGCGGGAAAAUAAUAUUGUUCCAGUCAGGACCCAAGACUCCUUGGUUAAUGAAGUAUUAUGCGCAUGUGCCGCAUCCGUAUGGGCAAGCUGCUGGAGAAGAAAUUUUUCAAACCAAUUUAUUACCCUCAGAUACUGACUUUCGAAUCUUCAGAGAUUAUGGGGGUUUAGUGGGGUUUGAUAUGGCAUUUUUUAAGAAUGGAUAUCGUUACCAUACCCAGUAUGACGAUUUUGAACACAUACCCCUUGGCUCUUUUCAACAUGUUGGAGACAACGUGUUGUCUCUAGUAAGAAGUCUAGCAAAUGCACCUGAAGUAGCGAGUCCUAAAAGCGAUCCUGGAAAGGUCGUAUUUUUUGAUUUUUUGGGAUUAUUUAUGGUCUCAUAUACACAAACAGUAGCGUCUGUUAUAAAUUUAUGCGUUGUUGUUUUUUCCUUUGUAAUAUUUGUUUUAAGUAUACAUAGAUUUAAGCUAGGUUAUACAACAACAACUUUGAAGUAUCUGGUUUUAACAUUUGGAACAAUAAUUGGAGGAUGGAUUCUGGCUGGAGUUUUUGUUAUUCUUCUAGCACUUUUGAUAGAUAAAAUUGGAUAUUCAAUGAGUUGGUUUACAAACACUUGGCUUAUUUUUGGGCUCUAUGUAAUUCCUACUGUAGGGCUGUCCACAUUUCCGUUGUCUAUAAAAUUUAGGAUGUUAAACCCCAACGUUAGAACACACAUGCAAGCUAACUGCAUGAGGAUGAUUUGGACCGUUAUACUAUUUUUCGGAACCGUUUUAGGCAUAAGAGCUGUCUAUGCCUUAAUGAUACCCGUGUUGUUCAGCUCAGUAGGAUUUGUUUUCGUCUAUGUACUUAAAUUACAACACUCAAUACGAAAAUGGCUGAUACCAUACUUAGCGAGUUUAAUAAUUCCAACGAUUUUUUUAAUGUAUGGUACACUAACAAUUUUCUCCUUGUUCAUCCCUAUGACAGGUAGAAUAGGGCCGAACAAAAAUGUGGAGGUCAUGAUAGGGAUAUUAUCUCUCUUCCUCACAAUUGCAAUCACUUCUCCUCUGGUUGCUCUUGCAACAAUGGUCAGAAAGUUUAAAUAUCUGUUAUAUUUUUUCACAGCGGUAUUCGCUUUAACGUUUAUUAUAAUUUUCACACCUUUAGGAUUCCCAUAUUCUGAUCAUAACAAUUCUCCUACUCCUGAAAGAUACUGGAUUAUACAUACCCAAAGACUAUUCCACAACCAACAAGGCGUGAUAGCGCAACAAGAUUCUGGAUAUUUUUUGCUCAAUCUGGAUAGACAUUCACCAUCAAUGGUAAAGAACAUGGUUAAAGAAAUUGGAACAAUUCAAAGCAUAGACCAAGACUGCGAAAACUAUUUAUUUUGUGGUUUGCCCUUAGUACACUCAAGAAUGGUACAAGUUGUUAAAUAUAGUUCCUGGAUUCCCGCAAAACAGCCAGUUCUCCCAGAGCAGCCAGUACUAAAAGUUUUAUCAAAAAGUCAGGUUAACCAACAUGUGAUACGUUAUAACGUAACUGUAUCUGGACCAGAUCGUCUGGCGGUAUAUCUUUCUCCUAAGACGAAUACAAAAAUCGUGAAUAUAAGUCUAAUAGAAAGACUGCCUUCGGAAAGAACCGUGUGGAACGAUCGAGAUAUAUUUUUUAUUUUACAUGUUUAUGGUAAAGAACGAGCAGCUCUAAAAUUUACUUUUGAUGUUGAAGUUUCAACAAAUGCCACUAAUUUAACAACGGAAGUCGCUGUUGCAGGAAUUUUUGUUCACGACGAACAAAAUAAUAAGACGGAGGAAUAUUCAGAGUUUUUGAACGAAUUUCCUAGUUGGGCUGAUGUAACAGCGUGGAUUGGAAGUUACGAAUCAUUUUGGAUUUAAAUUAAUAAUAAGCAUAAUUGUGAGUAUAGUUUUAUCACUAAUGUUUUGUAAUAAGGGUGUAGAUGACUACAGCAGCAGUGUGAGGUAUUAAAAAUAAAUUUUAUUAAAAAACUAA